AUGGACAAUAACUUUAGAUUAGCAUCUAGGCUGUUAAAUAAUUUUGGUUUUCAAAGUAAUGAAACUAAAAAAAUUUAUAUUAUUUUACAUAUUAAUAACAACCAUUGGACAGUUGCAAAACUUGAUAUAAAAUCAAAAAAAGUUUAUUAUGGUGACUCUUUAAAAUCUGCAGCUCCAAAUGAUUCCUCAUCAAAAUGCAACUUAGAUUGUGGAAUAAUUGUCUUAAAUUAUAUCGAACAAGAAAUUGGGAUAAGCAAUCAAUCAUGGAGUAUGCAACAAUCUGAUUAUUUUAGAAUUAGAUAUUUAUGCCUAACUCUAAAUUGCAACUCAGAAGAAUUUGGUUUUCCACAAGGUGUUAAAGAUUCAAUUAAAAUCAAUUUUCCAUUACAACCAUAUUUGGAUGAAGAUGGCAACAAUAUUGAUUGCAAUGAUAAUAAUAAUUAUUAUGAUGGCAAUUAUGAAGACAACUUUGACCAUGAUGAUUAUCAUGAAGACAAUUUUGGUUAUGAAGAUUAUGAUUAUGAUUACAGAGAUGAUUUUGGUUAUGAAGAUUAUGAUUACGGAGAUGAUUAUGGUUGUGAAGAUUAUGAAGAUGAUUUUGAUUACAAAAACUAUAAAGAUUACAUUAAUUAUAAUGAUGACGGUGAAACCUCUAAUAAUCUUUGUUAUGAUGAUUAUGAUAAUUCAAUGGAUUCUGAUCAGUAUAGAUUGAAAUCUGAUGAAAUAAAAUCAUAUUUGUCAAAACAUUGGGAAUCAAUUGAUGAGGCA